GUCAACUGCAUCUCCCCAUGCUGUCCCCGGCCAACGUCCCGCUGCCGAGCUCCCCCGCGCCCACCGCGUCCCGGCGCUCCUCGUCGUCGUCCACGCCCUUCCAGCCGUCGCCGCUCACCGCGCUCCGCCCACGCAGCCCGGCCCCGAGGCCGCACGACGACGACGACCCGUUCAGCGAGGGCGCCACCGUCAGCGUGAACCAGCCGGUCGGCUCCAUCUCCAUCAGCCCGAGCAGCAGGGACGUCUGCCUCGCGUCCAGGAAGGGCCUCUACAUCCUCGACCUCGCAAACCUCAACAACGCGCCCAGAUUCGUGCCCCAGGGCGGCGCAUGGCAGAUCGCAGAUGUCCAGUGGUCGCCCCACCCCGCCACCUCCAGCCUGAUCCUCUCCACCUCGUCGCAAAAGCUGCUGGUGUGGGACCUCGCCGCGCCGCGUCCGCUCCUCACGUCGUUCGACGCCCAUUCACGGGCCAUCACAGACAUCAACUGGCAUGCUCUCAAUCCGAACCUGAUGGCGACCGUCUCCAUGGACGCCGGCAUACGGGGAUGGGAUAUGCGAUGCUUCGACAGACCGGUCAUGCGUCUUUGCGACUGGGGAGCGGCCGGCACGCAGGUGAAAUGGAACAGGCGGCAUGACCAUCUCAUCGCGACAGCCCACGGGAACAUUGUGCACGUCUGGGACGACAGGAAGGGCUCCGUGCCCGUCACCACUAUCCACGCGCAUGACGCAAAGAUCUACGGUAUCGACUGGGAUCGCCAGUAUCGACAUAAGCUCGUGACAUGCUCUCUCGAUAAAACUGUCAAGUUUUGGACCGUCCCUGAGCUGGGCGGCUCUUCAGACUCGUCAAUGGUCUAUCACUCUUCUCUUCCCGCUCUCUCCUCUCCGUCAUACACCAUUUCCACUCACUACCCCGUUUGGCGGGCGCGCAACCUCCCCUUUGGCCGCGGCGUACUCGCCCUGCCCCAGCGAGGGGAGAAGGCGCUCGAAAUGUUUGGUAUGGACGAUGACGCCCCCGUCGAACGUUUUCAAGGCCACGAAAAUGUGGUCAAGGAUUUUGUAUGGCGUAUGAGAGGCGGGAACGAUUCCAGUUUCGACGAUCGAGAAUUCCAGUUGGUGACCUGGUCCAAGGACAGGACGUUGAGAAUAUGGCCCGUGUCGAGAGAACUCGAGGAGCGAGUUGGAUGGCAGUAUGGAGCGCCCAUCAAGGCGCUUGUAUCUCGACGUGGCGCACCGGAUGUCACAUAUACCAAAGACCCGUUUAACACAGAUAUCGACGCCCCACGUCUACCACCGCCCGUCGUCAACCACCACCCGGCCAACCCUUCAAACCUGACUCGUCAAAGGUCUGCCAGACCUGAAGCCCAGCCAGGUAUGACACGCGGUGGUAACAAGGUCAGGCGCAUGGACCAGCUCGAGUGGCUUACCAAGGUCGUCAAGAACGCGCCGAGUCCAGAGUCCAGUCUGAUGUCUAGUAGAAUCGCCAGCGUCAGUCGGACAAGACGUCCUGCAAGUCGUGCAGCCAGUCGACUAGACAGCAGAUCGGCAAGUGCAGAAGACAGGCAAGAAUGGAAGAAUCUGAAAGAUGAAGUUGUUGCAGUGAGCAGAAUAUACCCCAGGCCGAAAAUCAACUUUGAAAAGAUCGAUCUUGCCCAUCGCAAACUCACGAUUUCCAUGCAAGGACCAUGGGCCAACGGCGAUCGACAGGCAUUCAUGCGUAUACAUUGGUCUUUCCCUCCCAACUAUCCUUACGGUCCAGAGAUCCCAACCUUUGAGCUUGAACGUAACCCGACUGUAUCCCCGAUCACACGCCAGACGAUCGUCAUGAAUAUCAAAGAAAUGCGAGCUCAUAACAAACAAUGUCUGAUUGAGACAACGGGCUACCUCUUGGGUCUUCAUGAGAGACAAGGUAGACGGAGAGGUAUGGAUGAGGAAAGUGAUUCGGAGAGUAGUGUCAAAGGGGAAGAAAAGAGGAGGGAGGACGUCGUCCCCGAAUUGAUGUUGAGAAAGACCUGUGGCGCCACCUUUGGUCCCAACGGCCAGCUGGUCUGCUUCUUCCCUAAACAAGUCACACUUCCCCGAACCCGCAACUUUUCACGGUCACCUUCAGUCACCCGAGAGAAUCCUUCGCCCAUGCUCAAAGCGAUAUCUGCUUUGACUCGCUUGCAAAACCCGCAUCAGCGCGCUGUCCUCCGAUACAAGCCCCGCACUCGUCGUCUCGAUCCCAUCUCGUCUCCCCUCCCACCUCCCGCAGGGUCCACGAUGACUAUCCAUGACGUAUCGUAUCUCGGUCAGCCCAAUAUACACCUCGCCAAGAUGUAUGGCAUGUCGGUAGAGGCAAACAUGAGCUAUGCACUGGAGGCGAAGAGACUGGAUCAUGCUGAUGUGUGGGCGACAGUGAGGGGUAUUCUCGCUGACCCCCCUCCGCCAUAUACUCAGUUGCCACAACUUGAUGAGAAACAGGACAGGGUUCGAAGAGAAAGACUGAUUUGGGAGAAAGGCAUGGAGAGGAAGAAGAAGGUGGUUGAUCGGCUAUUUACCAACCUUAUGGCCCAAAGGGAUGUCCAGAUGCUGGCGCUCCUGUCCUGCAUUCUUUUGGAGUAUACUCGCUCUAUGUAUAUUCCACCUGUGGCAGAGUCGGUAACCAGCCAUUCACCCAUGCAAGAUUAUUUCAACCUCCGCUUCGUUCCCCCUCGCCCGACCCUUAACAUCAGCCCGGUACGACGUCGCACGGGAAGCUCGGUCAUCCCCGUAAGCCCGACCAACUCGUCAUCGUUCAGAACUUCGGGGUGGUCACAGAUUCUCAAUCCAUCAGGAAUCUCUUUGCGCGGUGCUCUCACUCCCAAAGAGCAUACCUCUUUCAGUGACAUACCCUUCUCUAGAACAGCUUUGAGUACGAGCUAUGAAGAACAGUCGUCGCCGAAUGGGUUGGCUGUGGCUAUUCCCACAUCGAAACGAUCCGAUAGUCCAAAGCCUAUUCAGGGCGACAAAAGCAAGGUCUUCCCAACAUCGUCAAUGUCCCCCCCGCCAAUCGUUACUCCACUUCGUAGCUCGGGUCCCGAAAAAUCAUUAUAUAGCGGUGGAGAACCACGAUCUCACAAGGUGUCUUUUGGCUCGGCAUCGCCCAUCACCCGAGGUGGCAGAUCACAGUCUUCGAUUGGGUACGUAGGCGCUGGUGGUCUGGGCAGUGCGGUGACGACGGGGCCCAACACACCUGAUGGCGAACGGAAAGCAGCGGUGAGAGACGGUGGAGUCAAGUUGGAUUUUCCAAAGGAUGAAAGCUCGACCCCGUCGUUGUUGCCUCAGGAUAUGUUGCCAUUAUGUGAAGCAUGGAAGCUGUCUUAUGCCGAUUUCCUCCUGCGACAUCAUCUAUUGGGUGUCAGGAUGACCCUGUUGAGCUACAGGUUUAUCACGAGCUCUACGUCGACAGCCGUCGAUGCUGCUAGCGGAAAGAGUAGUGGUAUAGUAAGAGCGGGAGUUGGAGAGACCGAAAAGAUGGAUGAAGGACAGUCAGUAAUACGUGUCUGUGUACCAUGUUCUGGGACACCAUCAGGUACCUGUCCCAGCUGUAAUAAACAACCGCAAAAGGCUGUAUGCUCGUACUGUCGUGUUCCCAUCAAAGGCAUAUCUAUGGGCUGUACGAUCUGUGCUCACAAAUUCCACGCCAAAUGUUUUCAACGCUAUUUCUUAUCUCCUGUUACCACUCCCAUGACCUGCCCCGCCUGCUCUUGCUCGUGCCUUGCGCAUAGAGGAAUAUCUACCCCGCUAUACACGGUCGCUGCCUUGCCAAAACAAAGUCCAAACAUUACCAGAGGAGGUUUUGAUCGCGGGAAGAUGCCAUCAGAAAAUGCUCCCCUUGCACGAUCAAGGUCGGUUCCAAGCCAAGGUCGUCGUGGUCGGAAUUCGCCAGAGGAAGGAAAAAGCCGGUUGACCUAUGCGAGCCUUGUCAAGUUGGGUGCGAUUCGCGAGAACUUUGGUUUAGGAUUUGCCGAUGGAGGAAGCUCAGGAACCGCAAGCGCAAUGGGCUUUCAUGCAGAUGGUGAUGGAGAUGAAGUAUCUACCGAUAGGGAUAAAACAGUGAGAGAACACCGAGGCGAUCACAGAGGAGAUGGUUUACUGGCGCGAGCAAGGUGGGGAGGGGAAGGCUUGCUGCACUGGGGAUCCACGACACACCAUCAAUAGUUGUAAGGAUUAUAGUUGUAUGUACGUACCUAUGGUAAAACCC